AUGUCGACCCAAGUAGCUACUACCGUCACCCCGACGAUGCUCAGCAACGUCUUUACUCUCCUCCGCAACCGCCAACGCUCCCUCAUGAAGCGCAGCAGAGCCAACCCAGGUCUCGCCAUGCUAGCACUCACAGCCAUCCUCUACUUUUGGAUCGGUCGUCUCCGCUCUGGAAAGAAGGCGCCUCCACGUGGAAAAUCCAUCCCUCAUCUCAAGUCUCGCUUCAUGAUGCUCGAUGUCGCCUACCAAUAUAUCAAGGCCCGAGCAGAGGGCAAUGAACUGAAAUGGGUUCAGGCGCUGUCGAAGCAAGGACUGACGUUGACGACCGAAGUUGUGGGCCAUUGUUUGAUUCUGGCGUUUGAGCCUUCGUCGGUCCAGCAUAUGCUUGUCAAGAACUUUGAGAACUAUCCCAAAGGUCCCGCUUUCCACAAAGCGUUCUUCCCGUUUAUGGGCACAGGCAUCUUCAAUGCUGACGGGGCAGCCUGGAAGAACCAACGUGCCUUGGCCCGUCCUCACUUCCAGGUGACAGAGUACAAGGGCGCCGCCCACAUCGAGACCCAGAUCAACCAAGUCUUUGGCAUCCUCGACGCGACGAUCGCCCACGGCGCUGCAAUCGACGCCCAAGACCUCUGGUCCCGCUACACUAUCGAUACCGCUACGGGUUUCCUCUUUGGAGACUGUGUCAACGCCCUGGGUGUACCACAAAACAAGUUUGUGCACGCGUUCAAUUACACACAAAAGGUCUGUGGGUGGAAGGUCCGAUUGUGUGACUACCAGGCGCUUGUGCCCAGUUUUGAGUUCCCCCAGAAGGUGAAGGAUAUGGAUGCGGUGUUGUUGCCGAUUGUUGAUUCUGCGAUUGCGAGGGAGACGAAGAGGCAUUCGGAGGCGGUGGAAGGUGAGGAGAAUGAGCAUAGUCAUGAUAAUCUUUUGGCGCAUUUCUUGAACUCUGUGGAUGAGAAUGGAAAGCCGUUCGAUCGUGUUUACCUCCGUGACAUGUUGAUGAACUUUUUACUCGCAGGAAGAGACACGUCGACAAACUUGUUAACCUUCAUGUGCUACAACCUGGGCACACAUCCAGAGAUCAUGGACCGCGUCCGCCAAGAGAUUUUCUCCGUCGUCGGCAACGACCGCAAGCCCGACCACGAGGAUAUCAAGAAGCUCAAGUUCCUCAAACAAGUCAUCAACGAGACCCUCCGUCUCUACCCGGCAGUCCCUUUCAACAUUAAGACCUGUCUCGAAGACGACGUCCUCCCCAACGGAUACUUUAUCCCCAAGGGCUCCCUCGUCGUCCAUUCCUCCUACGUGACCCACCGGAUGAAGGAGUACUGGGGUGAAGAUGCGGAGGAGUUUGACCCAGACCGCUGGGGAACGGAAAGGGUGAAGAUGGUGCGCCCGUUCAUGUUCUUCCCGUUCCAUGCUGGGCCACGUAUCUGUUUGGGCCAGAACUUUGCGUACAACCAGGUGAUGAAUACGAUGGUGAGGUUGAUGCAGAAGUAUACUUGGAAGGUUGUUGAUGGGUUUGAGCCCAAGCCCGAGUCGGAUAUUACGAUGUAUUCGAGGAAUGGUAUGCAGAUCAUCUUUGACCACUACCGCGAGUAG